UUCCUGGUGCGCAAUUCUCGCGACGUGAGCCUGCUCAUCAGAGCGGUGUUGCUCUACAUGCACUCCUUCCCGGGUCCGCGGCACAAGUACGUGAGCAGGCAUGCCGCCAUCGCGUGGUUCGGAGCGAACUUCGCCUUCAACACCUUUUACUGCCUCAGUUAUGCCCAUCACUUUUUCUCAGAUACCUGGAGUGUCGCGUUCUAUGUUUUGAACGACCUGCUGCCAAACGUGCUCAUCAGUGCGGCGCAGGACUCAUUCCUGCACGUCGUGUCGGCCAACGUAGACUUCUUGGCGACCAUCGCGGACGGCGUGCACGAGCACGCCGCCUCGCUGUCGCGCCUGGCCGCGGCCGGAUCUGUUAUUGCCCCCAGCGCGCCCUGCUCACCGACCUGCGCCACGCACUGCGGCCGGGGCCGGGCCCGCGUGCUCCUGGGCGAGCAGGGCGACGUCUUUCUGGACGGCCUGCGCGCGCUCAGGGUGCGCUACCAGAGCGUCCAGGACGCGGUACACGCGACCAACUGGGUCUACGGAGGCUUCAACCUGUUCGCCGGCACGGCCACGUUGUUCAGCGGGGUGGUGUUCCUGUACUCCGGGGUGAUGCUCACCAUCACGUUCGCCGGGGUGCUGGGCGACUACGAGGAUCCACUUCCCCUUGACUCGUUCGAAGGGGACUGCUGCCUGGCAUUAGGCACAAUGCAGAUCGCCCAGCUUCUAUUCAUGUGCGCCAUAGGAGAACAGAUGAGUUCGGAGCGUUUUAGGAUCUCGAGCGCCUUGGAGACGGGAUUGGCUCGUCAUCCAGGCAUAGACCCUCGGGUCGAGCGAGAGAUUCAAUGGUUUAUCCGCCAAACACAGAUGCAGGAAAUUCGAUUUGGAGCGUUCGAUCUCUUGUAUUUCGAUUUGAAAACUAUGAAGAGAAUCGUUGCCGCCAUCAUGACAAAUAUUGUCAUUUUAGUGCAAUUUUCUGCACUUUCAGCUCAAAGCAAACACAGAGAGCCAUAGUAUUGAACCACAUAUAGUGUUAUUGGGCUUCGUCCAACCAAAUAUUCUUAAACAAAACUAUACCAAAAGAGGCCUCCUGUCUCCCGAUCGUGCCCCACAGGUUGGGGGAGGGGCAGCGAGGUAAGGGAUCAUCCACAAAGUACGUCCGUGAUUCGCUGUUCCAAAACUGCCAAGUUCAUCCUGUGCUAGCUCUCGGAGCGCCUGGUGGGUAGGCAACUUCUCGUAUGUAGUGCAUGUGUGUUGUGCGGGCUGGCCUACCUUGAGCCUCGCAGGCGCUCAUUUCCCUCUUUCGCUGAACGAAUCUUAGAAAAAUCGGACGUACUUUCUGGAUGGUCCCUAAGGCACCGCCGUACCAUCGCUGUGGUCCAGGCGGCGGGCAGAUCGUCGGCUGUGCGAAAAAGGAAGGGGGAGCUUCGUGGACACGUCGAGGGCACUGUCUGUCUGUUUAACAGCUGUUUAACGCCGUUUUGAGGCAGGCCCCAAGACUGUCUCACCGGGAAGGUCUCACUCCAUACACGGUGGUCCGCUCCUCUAGCCCCGUUCUUUCUUUCUGGUUAUACUGUUGUUGUACCGGACCGGACAAGGUGGAUCCACCUUGGUACCGGAUGCAGGCGUGCGAGUGGGCUUGCCUGUUAGCGCUCACCUGCGCGCCUUACAGCGCCGUGC